GUCAGCCUCUCAGGACAAACUAGACAUCACCUUCUCCUUCCCCUGAGGUGUGGCUUUCUGCCUUGAUCCAGUACCCUGGUGUUGUGGAUCAAGGAUUUCAAGUUGAGACGUGAUCAGCCUCCUAAAGAAAAUUGUGAAGAAGUACGGGGUCUUCAGUCACUUUGCCGUGUGCCUUGCAAGGACAAAAAACUUGCCUUCAUCUUCUCCUGGUUUCGUGGACCAAGGGGUUCAAGUUUAGACGUGGUCAGUGUGAAGAAGCAUGGAGAUGCAUAAUGUCAAAACCGGCUCAACUCCGAGUGAUCCUUGCAGAUCAUGAUGUCCGUAAAGUUGUACUACCAUCUGGAAUCCCUGAGACAGUGGAUGACCUUCACUCAGUCAUUCGUGACACAUUUUACAUUGCCAGAGACUUCAGUCUUCACUAUAAAGAUGUUGAUUUUGAUGAGUUUUUCUCCCUUUAUUCUACAACUGACCUCAAGGAUAAGGACACAAUCAAGGUUGUGUUUCUCCAGGACCAGGAGCCUGCAAUAACUUUAAACUUAACUGAUGUGACCAACACUGAUGUGACCAACAUGACUGAUCAGCCUUGUGAGGAGCACUAUGUUGAUGACACCGCAUCUGUGUCAACCGAUGACACACUGAUUCUCUCAUCUGAAGAUAGUCCAGGCCACCGUUCCAAGCGCUGGCCUGCUCAGUUUUCAAUUCCCAGCUUUUCUGGCCUCACAGAGAUCCAAAUUCAGUCAGCCAAUGAGCGCUUCAAAAAAUAUGGGACUCUUCUCACUACAAAAGAUUUAAUUCCACUACUCCCAGACAUCCUUGGAAAACUAGCGGAGGCUAUUUAUGAGUACACUGCUUAUCCAUCUAGUCUGCAGAUCGGUGAGGUUGCAGAGGCCCUCACUCAAAAGCAUCCCUGCCUCAAAGAACCAGGUUCCUUUAAUGGGUCCUAUGGAUGGGCGCAGCGCCUGAAAUAUAAGAUGAACAAUUUCAGAAGCAAAUUUCGAGGUCUUGGCUGCCCUGAAGUUAAGGUGAACUCACUCAAGAGAAAACAAACAUAUGACCAGUAUCCGGCAAAGAAUCUGAAAAAACCAAAGAAGGCUGAGGUGAACUACCUACCCCCUCAUGCUCAAGGUGAAUCUACUGCAAGUUUGGAAAAAGAGAGAGUGGAGCUCCUAAGUGAAAUGAUGAAAAGGGACAACUCAAAGGUGGUAGCUCAGAAAAUGGCCAAGACGUUCAGCCUUCGUCGGGAGGAAAUAGUGAAAGAGGUCCCUGCCAUCAGUGACUGCAUGAAGCGCUGGCCUGCACUUUUUACUGAAGCACAGAUAAGUGAAGAAUUCAAGAGGAUAACAACAGUUAGCCUUGAAUCAACCUUUCUGGCCAAGCUUGACCAAUGCACCCCAAAAUUGAUGGCCUUGACUCAAUCAAAAGGAGGAGCUGCAGGCCUGAAGAUAAGGCACAUUAAGGACAUGCUUCUUGAGGACAACACAGUUGAAAGGCGGAGAGAAAUUGCCAUUCGCUGCCUCAUAGUCUAUCUUGGAGAGAAGGAGGAGGACCUUUUCAAACAGUAUCGUGAUGUGGAGGAGCUCGACGCAGACCUUGCGAUGCAAGUGAUGAAGAUUGCCAUCAUCGGUGAUGGGCGUGCAACCAUCGUAGUAGAGGGAACCAAGAUCCUGCAGGGGAUUGAUGUCGCCAGAUCCUGUGCUUUGCUGAUGGGGGUAAUCUAUGCUCUUAACCUUAGCUAUCCCAAGCAGUUGAAAUUUACCUUUGAGGCAUUCCAGAAGCUCUGCCUUGAGCUCGAUGGACAAAAAGCCAGCUCUAAAGUAAUGAAUCUCAAGUAUGGUAUUUUCUAGAGCGGACUUGAUUGACCUUGCAUGAGGGAGAAGCUCACAUCACACACACGCACACACACACAUGCAAACACACGUGUUCUUUUGUUUCUGUCAUAGUAUGAAUACCUACUGAGUGAAGUCCAAAUCAGUAAAAGUUAUCAGUAUAGAAAAGGAUGACCUCUGUUCUCUGAGGGUGUUAGUGUAUUUUGAACUUUAUAUACAGUGCCUUCUUUUGUUGGAUAUUUCUCCUGGAGUUAGUCAGGAGUUUGAGCAGUCUGAUAUUGAUGAGAGAAGAGAUGAUGAUGUAAGUGCUGCCAAAGUUAAUUGAAAGAAGCUUUGCUCAUUUGAUGUUGAAAUUAGUGCCUUGAAUGUACAGCCACCUGUAAUUUUUUUUUUGAUCAUUUUCAUGUGUACAAGUCAAAGGAUGGUGAUUCAUGCACAGGGUUUUACUUAAUUUUAUAACACCGUUUCUCCUCAUAAAGCUUCUGGGUACAUGUUUUGUGUCUUAGGAGAAUGCAGCCUACAAAUGCUGCUGUUUGCACUUUCAAGGAUUUAGUGCUACUGUUAAUGUUAAAAAAUGGUUCGAAUUAAUAUGAAUAUUACUGUCUGAAUUUCUGUUCUUUUUGAGCACCCUUAGCUGCUGUCCGGUUGCUACGUUUUGAUACCCCCCUCAUGCCUCUAAAUAAAUCUAUCAACCUUU